AUGGCCACCCCUCAGGCAGCAGGCACGACUAGCAUGCUCACCCAACUUCCCAUCCGCCUCCGCAACUUCUUCGCCCGCUACCCUCCCCAACACUACUCCGCGGCCGUCACACCACCAGCAGAGCUCCCACCAUCGCCCACGCCUACAGAAACAGAACCCCUUCCUUCCCCAUACACACCAAACAGAGACGCAAAGGGCUACAAGCACGAGGACCCAAAACUCUCGAUAUCGCGAGCCCUCCUCCAAUCUAACUCGAAACACCCGAAUCCGUUUCUCCCGCGCAAGAACUACCGCACGGGGAAAUGGCAGGGUCCUCGCUUUGGACUGCGCCAGCAGGCGGAGCUAGUGAAGCUCGCUAUCAGAUAUAAUGUUGAGGGGUUGCUGCCGCCGGGCACGAAAAGUACCGAGUAUAAGGAGACGAGACGCGCGGAGCGCGGAUUGCAGGUCAAGGGUACUGGUGUUGGACAGAAGGUUAAGGGUCACAAGUGGGAGAGGACUAUGGAGGGUAGACUUGAGGAUAGGAGGAAGGCCAUGACUGAGAUGCCGGAGUUGAUCAGGUUGUGGAAGCAGAGAGGUCACGGUCGUGGGUGGAAGAAGUGGCCCAAGAGGUGA